AUGCUGGGCCGGGGUAUACGGAACGAACAGUUUCCUGUAGUAUCAACUGAUGGAGGAAGGUUUCCUCCUCAAUUUCUUCCCUUCAAGGAAACCCAGCAUCAUAUUAUAUUCAGAACCUCCGAAGAAGGAUUGCUAGAGCUAAAGGGUCCACAGCCUGGAAACUGGUUUAUGAUGUCUGCUAUUUCUCCGUCAGCUACAUCUAAUGGCUGCAGUACAGAUCUAAUAGUGAGAGUUGAGUACACAGUACAAGAAGAUAUCAUCACUAUAGUACCCGUGUUCCAGGAUUACCAGGAUAUAAUGAUAUUCAACACAAUAUCUCGCCAGCAGUACUACAGGUUCUACGUAUCUAAUGGUGGAAGUGCUGGAAAUGUUACAAUAACAAAGUGCAGUCUGCGUCAAGGGGAAGAUAUGAAAAAGCAACGAGUGUCCCAGUGCCCUGUUAAAAUUGCAACCUCCCCUCUAUCCCUUCCUACGCAAUACAAUAAGGCGGUUAACUGCUCUGAGUCUGCAACCGCUGACUGCUCUGUUCAGCUAAUUACUAAACCAGGCACGUGGCAUUAUCUCUCUGUUACAACGCUAGAGGACUCUCCAGUCGAGUUCGCUAUCGCUGUACAUCUAAAAGGAUGUCGGUCAUCUCCCCGGCAAACUAGUCCCAUGCUGGUCAAUAAAAUAGACACAGGGGUCAUCUGUGGAAACACCGGAAGACGACCUCUUCAACUUAUUUUCCCGCCAUCUUCUGCACAAGCUGGAGACAUCUGUGGACCAUUUAUUGAACUUAACAGGAGGAACCGUCCGGGAUUCUUUUCUUUUGAUUUUGCACUUCCAGGGAAUAGUACUGGACCAGAGAUGCUGAGCUUAAAACCAGGAGAAAACACAGUUCUUAGUUUCUCCAUCGGAGAGGGAGAUAUCGGGGGAACUCUAGCAGUAGAGCUAGCUCUCAUACUCUCUAGGACGAAUGAGGCUGGAAUAAUGCGGGAGACAAUGGGUUGUUUAAGCCGAGGAUAUAUAACUACUCCAUCCUACAACCAUUCUUCUACUGCAGGAUAUACAUGUGCUAAUGGAAGAAUUAUUCUACAGAAUUCCACCCAGGCAGCAAAUGGAAUUGUUUUUGAACAGAUAAUGAUCCCGUACCCUGCAGCUGGUCAAUAUUAUUUAACCCUCUCCUCCCACUGCUAUUCAACGACUCAACAUAGGAUUAGUGAAGACUGUAGAAAGACUCCAAUCCAGGUUCUGUUUUCAGUUCAUUCCAACUCCUGCAUCAGUGGAACAUGUGGCAGGUAUGGUCAAUGCUACCAGUACGUGAGCGGAGGAGUUCUUUUUUCAACUUGCCAAUGCGUUGCAGGUAUUUACACUGAGAUACAGACAAUAUUCAAAUUUAUUAUUUUAAUACCGGGUAGAAUUUGAGGUGUCGCAACGCCUAGUCAUUUUUUUAAGUCCUUAACAUGUAAAUUUGAGAGCUACAGCGCACUUGUUACUAUUUUUAGUUUUAAAGAACACAUGAAACUAGAUAUAUUGUAAAUAGGCAUAAGACAAGCCAGGCGGAUACGGUGAAAAUCCCUUUUUAAAGGGCUUUCAUAAUCCCUGAAAUUAUGAGCAGGCAUCGCGAAGUAAUUGGCAAAAUCUGGAAACAUUUUUGUGAAAGAGCGUCCACCCACAUUUUGGUUCUCUGUAGGAGACAUAAUAAAUAAUAGACAGUAACGGAUAGACAAAAUAUAAUUAAUAGACAGU